AUAUAUUGAUAUAUUCACAACUACUAUUUUUCGAAUUUGAACAAUGGUUGGAGCUCUGGGCGAUUUCCUGUCCGAGUACCUGGAGCGGGGCCUGGUCCUUGUGAUCGCCGACUUGCUCAGCCUCAUCACUGUCUCGUCCUGCCUGGUGAUCAAGGUGCCGCAGAUAAACACUAUACGAGCGAACGAGUCCUCGAAAGGCAUCAGCGUACUGGGACUAUGCCUGGAGCUGUUUAGCUACACGGUGAUGCUGUCGUACAACUACACCAGUGGCUACGACUUCCUCUCAUACAUGGAGUAUCCUGUGCUGCUAUUGCAGGAGUACGUCCUCAUUUUCUAUGCGUUCAAGUACCAGGAUUUGCUGGGCAAGCGGACCCAGGUGGUGGCGGUGCUGUAUGGAAUAUUGGUGACGCUCAUCUACCUGAAGCUCUUCCCCAUUAUCAUCCUGACGUUCCUGGUGCCGUUCUGCACGCCGAUUGGGGCUACGAGCAAGGUGCUCCAGCUGCUGGCCAUUCUGCGGACCAAGGAUGCCAGCUCCGUCAGCCGUACCACAUGGGCGCUGUCCGCCUUCACCAACAUGACCCGCAUCUACACGGUCUUCUUCCAAUCGCACGACUGGAUGUUGCUGUCCAACUUCCUGAUUUCAACGUUCCUCAGCGCUUCCGUCUUCGCUGCUGCUUGCUUCUAUAAGAAGAAGACAACCAAGGCGGACUAAACGGGCUCAACAUAGACAAUACUCAGCCGUUAUCCUUAUCAGUCAUUUGUUACUAAUUCUAUUUGCUUGUCUGUUUAAAUUGAAAUUAAAAAUUCUGAAUCGUUGCCUCA